AUGAACUCAUCCUGGUUGCUUUCUGCACUUCUUGGUGAAACAGCUGCGCCGGAAUUUUUGAAUGACUUCGAGGGUGACGCAAUCCGUCAGCCAGCCGCCGAGCCGCCUUUGGAGCUUUUCAGCUCUACUGACACUUCGGCGUCUUACGGAGGCGGCGUUCAAGUCCCAAAACCGUCGCUGAAGCUGAGGGAUUAUUUUCCGGAAACCUGGCUUUGGACAAUCGAGCUCGUCGGAAGCGAAGGUUCUGUGGUGAAGGACGAGAAAUUGCCUCACACAGUCACCGAAUGGGUGGGCAGUGCGAUUUGCUCCAACAAGAAGCACGGGUUCGGGAUCUCAAACGUGGCCAGGAUCAAAGCCUUCCAACCGUUUUUCAUUCAAUUCACGAUGCCCUAUUCCGUGAAGCGUGGGGAGAAGAUGCCGUUGAAAGUGUCCAUUUUCAAUCACAUGGACCACGACAUGCCCAUUUCGGUCACGCUGGAUGAAUCAAUGAACUUUGAUGUUGCUGAUGACGGCACGAAUGUGUAUCACUUGUGCUUGAAGAAAUCCGAUUCCGAAGUGGUCACUUUCAAUUUGACCUUCGCUGCCUUGGGUGAUAUCAACGUCACGGUGGAAGCCGCGACUAAUCCGACGUACGAGAAAGCAUGCGGUCCGGAAACUAUUCUGGCUUUCCAGUGA